AUGGAGUCGUGCAUACUCUUCGCGAACACAGAUAGGUCAAUCCUCGUAGUUGACAUACCACGCUCGAUUGAACUUGCACAGAUUGUAACGCCACAGCAUGUCGAUAGACAGCUCAUAUCUUGCAAAGCUUUGGACGAGCCAUGGCAAACUCGAGAUCCCGGCCAGUCUCAGAACCCAAGCAUGUCUCGGUCCGCGUCCGCAGCUAUUGAUGAGCUCAUGAUUGGUGCUGUCGUUCAGGAAGCACUUCAAGAAGUGCGAGGUGCCUACACCGGACCGUGGCUGCUUCCCAGGGUAACAGAGUCCCAGCAGCGAGGGAAUACAAAGGACGCAGCUAUGUCCCAUAAGAGAAAGCCGUCAAUCCAUGACAAUGAACAGAUUAACGAGGUCCCAGUGCCCUAUAUCCCACCCGGUAGCCAUUAUCUGCUCGGAGCUAUCGCUAGUCAAAGAGACGAGUUCCUGAAAACAGCUCCGACCUUUGACCUUAUGGUUCUUGAUCCGCCAUGGCCUAGUAGAUCCGUCAGGCGGAAGAAGAACCGCUACAGUACAGCCUACGAUAUGCAGGAUACCCGUAGCCUUCUGUCUCUGAUACCCAUCGCCAGCCAUCUCAAAUCCAACGGUCUCAUAGCUAUCUGGGUCACUAACAAGCCGGCCGUAGUAGACCUGCUCAAAUCUCCUGGUGGUAUGUUUGAUCAAUGGGAUCUAGAGUCAAUUGCCGAAUGGGUUUGGGUCAAGGUUACGAGCAAAGGUGUGCCGGUUGUGGACCUUGAGUCUGUAUGGAGGAAGCCUUGGGAGCGAUUGCUUAUCGCGAGAAAGAAAAGUGGCUCGAUGAGACUUUGUCCAGACCGCAAAGUCAUAUUUGGUGUCCCUGAUCUUCACUCGAGGAAACCGAACCUCUCAAGCCUUUUCAAAGAAGUUCUACCUGAAAACUACCUAGCUCUCGAAGUCUUUUCCAGAAAUCUUACAGCGGAUUGGUGGAGUUGGGGCGACCAGACAUUGAUGUUCCAACAGAGACACCACUGGAUUGAGGGGACCAUAUCGGAAGGUUGUGAAAUAAACGAUCCAAGGAGACAUGAUUGA